AACCAGUAGCCCCCUUCUCUAUAUAACUGGCGCUACCGGUAAACAGCUGUACGCGCAAAGUCGAAUAAUUUUCCCUCGUAUUCAACGUUGCGAGUCGGCGAGAGGAGGACGUAUAAAUGUCUCUCGAGUGUGGACACUUGAAAGCGCAUUGCUCGCCCCGUUGCAGUGCUCCUUCAAGUCGUUUUAUAUCCUUAGUUAACUAGUUUAAUAACGUUUCGUGUUUUUAUUGCUCCGGGAAGACAGGGAAUUGCGCGUAGAUCCGAUAUUUCGCAGUUCUAUCAUCACAACACUGUGUCAUCGUGUCACGAAAAAUGUCUUUUUCAAAGGCGAGAAUUCAGCGCUUUAACGAGCAAAGCAGCGAGGCACCUCCGCCAGGAGCGUAUGAUCCGAAGUUCGCUAACAAAAUCAAAGGGUUUGUAAUUGAGAAAUCGGAAAGAUUUCAGGACACCAAAAGUGCAUCGAGCAGCGGUGCCGAAUGCAAUCUCUCCGUUUCCAGCAAGGGGGCUGCUGGAGUCGGUUCUGUUGCCACUUUUCGAACGCCUCAGCUUCCGAGAAAACGUAUUCUGGUAGCGAGACCAGGCAAUACGAGUUGCCCAAAGAGUAGAACGAAAAGCGCAGUUGUUACCAAGGAUUCACGCGCAAAGUAUGACUCUAGAAACGAAUUGGCUGAUCUUAAAGUCGAGUGUCUAAACAAGGACAAGACGAUACAUGAAAAUGAGAAACAUAUCGAAGAACUAAACGAUGAAAUACGAACAAUCGAAAUGGAAGUGGAAGACUUGCGCAAGAAGCAGGUCGAAGCGGAAGCGCAGUACAAGAACCACAUCGAGGCAAUGGCAAAAUUGCAGCAAGACGUAUUGCACGCUCAGGAUCAAAGACACAAGUCGGAGUUGCAGGCAAUCCGCGCAGAGUUGACGAAAACAUUGGAAAUGAAGGAACACGAGAUCGAAGAGCGGCGGCUUAUUGAGAAGGGGCUGCACGAACGUCUCGAAGUCAUGUCGAAAGAGGUAGCACGUUUAAAGACGGAGCUGAAUGGAAGCAAGGAGAAGGAAGAAAUGAUUGAGAAAUUGAGAAAUCUAAAAGUGCAGGCCGAAAUGCGUGAGGCCACGCUUUUUGAAGAUUUGAAAGAAUCGGAAGACAGAAAGGAGAGAGCAUUUGCCGACUUUGAACAGUAUAAGAUUACAAAGGACAAGGAAUUGGCGGACCUCGAAGAGCGGGCAAAUAUAAUGGUGAGAGAUGCUAGAUCUGCUCUCGAGGAAGAAAUGCGUCUGUCCACCGAAAGAUACGAGGCAUGCGUCGCUCGCAUGGAAGCCGAGCGAGUGUCAUUGGAGGCGAAGCUCAUUCACAGGGACGCGGAGAAUGAGAAAUUAUCAGCGACACUCGAAGAACUGAAGGCCUCUGCCGAAACGCAGGAGAGUUUCAGUCAGAGUUUGCAGGCCGAGCUCGAUCGCGCUGAGGCUGAAUUGGCCGAACGAAAGGAGGAGCUUAGAAUUUUAAAAGAUCAAAUCCGCACUGAGGCUGCUGAAAUGGUCGGCAGAAGACGACGAUUCGACGUGAUAAUGGCUGAAAAUCAGGCGUCGGUCGCUGCCUUGAGUCGACGUCUGGCACAGAGCGAUGCCGAAGUUGAGCGUCUUCAACGUGAAUUGGAAUGCGGAGAAGCCUGUAUCUAUGAGCAUCGUGAUCUUUUGAGCGCCAUGAGGAACAGUUCCAAGCUGGUGCACGAGCAAAUGCACGAUCUUAUCGUUCAGUUGGAUGCCAAGAGGGAACUGAUUGAUCAAUUGGAAGCCGGCAGCGUGGCUGAAUUCGAAACGCUCAAGUCUCUUUUCGGGGCGAAGAUCGAGAGCUUGAAGCUGGUAGCCGCCAAUGAAAUGUCUAGAUUGCAGGACGAUUGUGCCAAGGAAGUCGUUCGAAGCAACGAGCUACGACAACAGCUGGACGAAAUGGCUGGAAAGAUGUCCGAAGCUCGAGAAGCUCUCUUGAAACUCGAAGAGCAGCAUGACGUGCGGGAGAUUGAGAUUUCAAAAUUGCAGCUCGCGAAACAAAGGUUGGAGCAGCAGUUGGACAAUGCGCAUGGCGUGACGGAAAAUCUUGGACAGCUGGAAGAAGAGAGAGCUCGACGUGAAAUGGCAGAACUGGAAGUUAAGAAACUCACCGAUAGCUGGCAGCGUCUUAACAACGAUCACAAGGAGCUCAUGGAGAAGUACACGGAAAUACUUGGACAUCACAAUCACAAUCAGAAAAUUAAGCACAUCUCUCAGCUGAAGGAGAAGAUCCAUCGAUUGGAGAAGGACUUGGAAGCUAAAACCAAUCUCGCCGAGCAUCAGCAAAAGUUAAUCGAUAAGUUCAAGUCCGAGGAGAAACGUUGUGUGGUCGUCAAGGGCAAGGAAAAUAUUCAAAUUUCGAAACGUACCACGCCAGUUUCGUCCCCCCACAAGCCCGCUACGCCUUUACGAGCUCGUAACGAAUAAAUACGUUGUCUUUUAUUUUCGACGACAUAAGAAAUGGUCGAAGUCUUCUCGUCUGUUCGUUGCUUCGAAAUCUCAGAGAUUGAAUUAUCAAGAACAUUAGUAAUCAUUGUCACACAUAUACAAGGUAUAUCUUGGUCGAUUAUAUUUUGGCAAUUACGUUGAGUUGACAUUUGAUGUUUUUGAUUUGUAGAUUUUCUUUUAAAAAUAAAUACGAUAAUAAGCCUUAA